AUGAAUGGUAUGGAGGCAUCUAGUAACCGCGAUCUAGGAGGUCAGAAAAUAAUUAAUGACUUUGAGUUACAGGACUUCAUAGAUGACGCAAACUUCGACCAGUUCAUCGAUCUUAUUAGAGGGGAAAAUGAGGAUCCAGCGGCAGCUCAUUUGGACUGUGACCUUCUCAGUGGCUCGUGCAUUGUUGGUAACCAGUUUUGUCCAAUUACUCCGGCUAGUGGUUUCUUUGGUUUAGAUCAUAAUACUACUAGCGUAUCCGAUCUGGCUCCUUUUCUUACUACAUUACCACAUUUCGAUGGACAAAUGAACACUGUCGGUGAAGAAGAUUAUGAGGUAGAUUCAUGUGGACCAACAACAACUACCACCACCACCACCACAAAUACCACAGCCACCACGAAAAAGAAGCCAAAGGUUGAUCGGUCCAGAACCUUGGUUUCUGAGAGGAAGAGGAGGGGAACAAUGAAAGAAAAACUCUAUGCAUUGCGGUCCUUGGUUCCUAACAUCACUAAAAUGGAUAAGGCCUAUAUCAUUGGGGAUGCUGUAUUGUAUGUGCAAGAUCUGCAAAAACACGCUAAGAAGCUAGAAGCUGAGAUUUCAGGUCUCGAAGCAUCCAUAGGAUUCGAAGGAUCGGGGGGAAAGCAAGCAGGAUCAACGCAAAAACAAACCAAGAACAAGUUUGUGGCACACAACUAUCAUUUUACUUCCAAGGGAAUCAUUCAGAUAGAUGUGUCCCAAGUAGAGGAGAUAGGCUUUUAUGUGAAAGUGGGAUGCAACAAGGGGCAAGGUGCGGCCACAGCACUGUAUAAGGCCAUUGAAUCCCUUACGAUCUUCAAUGUUUUGAGUUCAAACUUGAACGCGGUAGAUUCUAGAAGACUCGAACUAAUCCUCAUCUUGAACGUAAAGGAAAACCAGCAGGAGAUCAUUAACUUACCAAACUUGAAACUAUGGGUGACUGGAGCUUUCCUGAACCAAGGUUUUGAAUUAACUUCAAGCUUUUGA